AUGGCAGGCAACAAGAAGCGUCGUUUCAACACCCAGGUUCGACCCAUGGGGAAUCUGAAUACUCCUAACUCCGGAGAAGGCACGACCGAUCCAGCUCCUGGGUCAGGCGUAGCCGGGGCAACGCGCGAAGGGGCCGAGAAUCCUCAGGUCCACAACCUGGAGGAGAGUGAUUCCGAGCCAGAAUCUUAUAAGGAGACGCCUGAAAAGAUAUCAGCGACAGAGUCCUCUAUGACUGCCUAUCUCGAGAAAAUGUUCUCCAAGAUAUUCGACGCCAUGCAGUCCAUGGUGGAACGCCUACCAGGAGUAGCUCCCCCAAUCCGAAGGAGUAACCUGGACUCCUACGCAGACACCCCCUUCGUGGAAGGAAUCGCCUCGGUCGAGAUGCCUAGGAAGUUUUCCUUCCCCAGCAUAAAGAUGUACGACGGCACGGGCGACCCCGACGAUCAUAUCGCUCAAUACAAGCAAUGGAGACUCGCGGUUGCGCUUCCAAAAGAAUCCCGCGAGGCUACAAUGUGCAAAGUCUUUGGCUCCACUCUGAUAGGACCUGCCCUACAAUGGUACAUCAACCUACCCACCAGGUCCAUAUCCUCUUUUGCGAGCCUCAGCAACAAGUUUGUGGAGCAAUUCGCAAGUAGUAGGAGCCUGGAGAAGACUUCAGACGGUCUCUACGAUAUUCUUCAGCAUCGGGUAGAACCCCUGCGAGACUACAUAGCCCGUUUCAAUCAAGAAAAGGUGGCAGUUCCCGAAUGCAGCAUUCCUACCACGAUCUCUGCCUUCAAAAGGGGCCUGCUUCCAGACCGGAGCCUCUACAAAGAACUAACCAUGUAUCCUUGCAAGACAAUGGAAGACGUGUUAUCCCGGGCCUGGGCGCAAGUGAAGUGGGAAGAAGACGUCGCUAGCCGUGCUAAGGCCCAGCCGAAGCAGGACCAAAAGUCGGUCCGAUCGGAUCAUGGAAAUCGGGAUGAAAGAUCCUCCCAAAGAGCGACCAAGGACUCCGGGAACAGAAACCAGGGCAGGUUCCAGUACCGACCCCUGGAGAAGGAAGAAGGAAUGUCGGUAUCCACUUGGCCCGACAUCUCCCAUCUCUCGGUAUCCACACCGGAGCUAGUCAACGUCUUGAGGCAGAUGGGCCAACAGGUCAAGUGGCCUCAAAAAAUGAAGGCACCUGACUCGUUCCGGAACCCAGGCCUCUGGUGCGACUUCCAUCGCGACCACGGUCACAAAACUGAAGACUGCGUCGUUCUAAGGAUCGAGGUCAAUGAACAACUCCAAAAGGGGCAUCUCCGGGAAUUCCUCUCAGAAAAAGACAAGAACCAUCUAAAUAAAGAGGUGCCGGCGAAAUCCGCUGGAGCUAUACCCGCCUCACCACCUCGCCAGGACCGAGUGAUCCAUGUCAUAUCCGGAGGUUCAGAGAUAAGCGGCGUGAGUCAUGCAGCUGCCAAGAAAAGCACCCGCAACACCAAGCACGGCCUGGAGAUGACCAAACCAAAACGCUUUCUCCUAGGUACCGACAAAAUAAGCUUCACGGCUAAGGAGCAGGAGAAGAUCCUGGCUCCCCACCACGAUGCCCUGGUCAUCUCGCUCACCGUAGCAAACUGCUUGGUAAAAAGAAUACUAGUGGAUACUGGUAUCUCCAGCAACAUCAUCUUCCAGACUGCUUACCAGGACCUAGGGCUGGAGGAGAGCGCCCUGACGCGCAAAAUAACUCCACUCAUCGGAUUCAGCGGCGAAGUCAAGCAAACAGCCGGAGAGGUCACUCUCCCAUUGUAUGCUUAA